UCUGCCAGGGCAGGGAGGGGAGCACAGCAGCAGCAGCCUCUCAGGGCUGGAGCCACUUCCCUGCUGCGCUCUGUGCCUCAGUUUCCCCCCCUGUGAGCAGGCGCAGUGCCCUGAGGGAGGGCCCUGGGACCCCUCCGCCCCUCUGUGGGCUGGAUUGAGCCAGCACCGGGUGCUGGGCUGGGCUCAGCCCCACGGCUCCCAGGCAGCCCCAGCUGAAGCCACACCAGGAGCUGCUGAGCUGCCUCUGGGAGCUGCCCCAGAGCCUCCUGGCCAUGGAAGUCAGCACCUCGCUGCUGGACACGGCGGCAGUGGGAGACCUGGUGCUGCUGGAGCCGCUCACCGAGGAGUCGCUGCUGCGGACGCUGCAGGAGCGCUUCAGGCGCAAGGACAUCUACACAUACAUCGGGGAGGUGCUGAUCUCGGUGAACCCCUACAGCCCCCUGCCCAUCUACACCCCCGAGAAGGUGCAGGAGUACCACAACUGCAACUUCUUCGCCGUGAAGCCGCACAUCUACGCCAUCGCCGACGAUGCCUACCGCUCGCUGCGGGACCGGGACAGGGACCAGUGCAUCCUCAUCACCGGCGAGAGCGGCGCCGGCAAGACAGAGGCCAGCAAGCUGGUGAUGUCCUACGUGGCGGCGGUGUGCAGCAAAGGGGAGGAGGUGGACAAGGUGAAGGAGCAGCUCCUGCAAUCCAACCCAGUGCUGGAGGCCUUUGGAAACGCCAAGACCGUCCGCAACGACAAUUCCUCGCGAUUCGGCAAGUACAUGGACGUGGAGUUUGACUUCAAAGGGGAGCCCCUGGGAGGGGUCAUUAGCAACUACCUGCUGGAGAAGUCCCGCAUCGUCCGGCACGUGAAGGGCGAGAGGAACUUCCACAUCUUUUACCAGCUCCUGGCCGGGGGCUCGGCGCAACUGCUCCAGCAGCUGAAGCUCCGCCAGGAUUGCCAGCACUACGGCUACCUGAACCGGGAGAGCUCCAGCCUCCCCGGCGUGGAUGAUGCUGCCAACUUCCACACCAUGCAGGAUGCCAUGAAGGUCAUUGGCUUCUCAGCUGAGGAGAUGAAGGAGCUCCUGGAGGUGACGGCCGUGGUGCUCAAGCUGGGCAACGUGGAGCUGAGCAGCAGCUACCAGGCCAGUGGGAUGGAGUCCUGCAGCAUCGCUGAGCCACAGGAGCUGCGGGAGAUCUGUGAGCUCAUCGGGCUGGACCCCAGCGUGCUGGAGCAGGCGCUGUGCUCCCGCACAGUGAAGGCACGGGAUGAGAUGGUGCUCACCAGCCUCAGCGUUCCCCAGGGCUACUACGGCCGGGAUGCGCUGGCCAAGAACAUCUACAGCCGCCUCUUCGACUGGCUGGUGAAUCGCAUCAACAUCAGCAUCCAGGUGAAGCCAGGCAAGCAGAGGAAGGUGAUGGGAGUCCUGGACAUCUAUGGCUUUGAGAUCUUCCAGGACAAUAGCUUUGAGCAAUUCAUCAUCAACUACUGCAAUGAGAAGCUGCAGCAGAUCUUCAUCCUCAUGACCCUGAAGGAGGAGCAGGAGGAAUAUGUCCGAGAGGGCAUCAAGUGGACCCCAGUGGAGUUCUUUGACAACGGCAUCAUCUGCAACUUGAUUGAAAACAGCCAACGUGGCAUCCUGGCCAUGCUGGAUGAGGAGUGCCUGAGACCUGGCGUGGUCAACGAUGACACCUUCCUCACCAAGCUCAACCAACUCUUUGCCACCCAUAAGCACUAUGAGAGCAAAGAGACCCAGAACGCCCGGCGGGUCACGGAUGCCAGUCUGCCAGCGCAAUGCUUCCGCAUCCACCACUACGCCGGCAAGGUGACCUACAACGUGAGGGGCUUCAUUGAGAAGAACAACGACCUGCUGUUCCGUGACCUGUCACAAGCCAUGUGGGCUGCUCGCCACGCGCUGCUGCGCUCCCUCUUCCCCGAAGGAGACCCCCACAAAGCGUCCCUCAAGCUGCCCCCCAGCGCAGGCUUCCAGUUCAAAGCCUCAGUGGCAACCCUGAUGAAGAACCUCUACUCCAAAAACCCCAACUACAUCAGGUGCAUCAAACCCAACGAGACCAAAACCGCGAUGCUGUUCACUCCGGAGCUGGUGCUGGCGCAGAGCCGGUACCUGGGGCUGAUGGAGAACGUGCGGGUGCGACGGGCGGGUUACGCCUUCCGACAGCCCUACGGCUCCUUCCUGGAGCGGUACAAGAUGCUCAGCCCCCGGACCUGGCCCCGCUGGGCCGGCGCUGACAGGGAGGGGGCUGAGGCGCUGCUGGCGGACCUGGCGUUUUCCCCCGAGGAACUGGCUUUUGGCCACACCAAGAUCUUUAUCCGCUCGCCACGCACCCUCUUUGACCUGGAGCAGAAGCGCCAGGAGAGGGUGGCCCAGCUCGUCACCCUCAUCCAGUCGAGCUUUCGGGGCUGGCGCUGCCGGACGCGGUUCAGGCUGAUGCGCAAGAGCCAGAUCGUCAUCUCCGCCUGGUUCCGGGGCCACGCGCAAAAGAACAGGUACAAGCAGACAAAGAGGUCUGCGCUGAUCCUUCAGGCGUACGCACGGGGCUGGAAGUCUCGUCGGCUCCUCCGGGAGCUGAAGCUGCAGCGUCGGCGUCACGCGGCUGCUGCCACCAUCGCUGCUCACUGGCGGGGCCUCCAGGUCCGUAGGAAGUACAGGAGGUAUUUCCGUUCCACUGCCAGCAACCGCCUGGCCAACUUCAUCUACCGGCAGCUGGUACGGAAGUUCCUGCUGGGGCUGCAGACGAACCUGCCACCGCUGUCGGUGAUGGACAAGACGUGGCCUCCUGCACCAUACAAGUUCCUGGCUGAUGCCAACCAGGAGCUGAGGAGCAUCUUCUGCCGCUGGAAGUGCAAGAAGUACCGGGAUCAGCUGGCACCGCAGCGCAGGGCUCUGCUGCAGGUCAAGCUCCACGCCAGUGAGCUCUUCAAGGACAAGAAGACACUCUACUCCAAAAGCCUGCAGCAGCCCUUCCGAGGCGAGUACCUGGGGCUGACACAGAACCCCAAGUACCAGAAGCUCUAUGCCGUGGCCAAGGACAAGCUGGUGAUGGCUGACAGCGUGAGGAAGGUGAACAGAGCCAGUGGCAAGACGGUGCCGCGGCUGCUGCUGCUGACCACUGAGCAUCUGGUGCUGGCUGAGCCCAAGGCUGCACAGCCCAAGACUGUGCUGAGCCUGAGUGACAUCCACAGCGUGUCUGUCACCCGCUUCUCUGAUGGCUUCCUGGCCCUGCACCUCAAGGAGAGCUCCACAGUGGGGGCCAAGGGCGACUUCUUGCUCAUCAGUGAGCACCUCAUCGAGCUCGUCAGCCGCCUGCACCAGACCCUCAUGGACACCAGCAACCAGGCUCUGCCCCUGCACAUCACCGACCAGUUCUCCACCCGCUUCCAGAAGGGCGAUGUGGCCAUCACCGUGGUGGAGUCAGCCAAGGCUGGCAGCGACCUCCCCGUCUGCAAGAAGAAGGGCAGCCACAAGAUGGAGGUUCUGGUGCACUGAGGGGACCCCCCGACUCACAUUGAGAGCCCCCCACUUUCCCCUCCCACCCCCUACUGGCAUCCCUGUCCCCUCCUGUCGUUUGUGGCUCCUUCCACCACCCAGAAGUUGCU